AUGAAAAUAAUUUCAAAUUCAUUAAAAAUUAUAUCUAUUGAUCAAAUUAAAAAUCCUUUUCUAGAAGAUGCAUAUAAAACUAUAAAAAAAAUUAUUUCUAAACAAUGUUCAGCAUCUAAUCCAAAUGAACGUUUACUCUUUCAUGGAACAAGUUUACUUGGAAUUAUUGGAAUUACAGAAGAUGGUUUUGAUGAUCGAUUUUUCAAUGCAGGUGGAGCAUGGGGCUACGGAUCAUAUUUUGCUGAUAAUCCUCGAAAAUCCCAUGGUUUCACAGCUCUUGAUGUAACAGAUCAAACUCGUGUUAUGUUUUACAGUAAAGUUUUGUUGGGUAAAGAAUCAAUACAAAAUACAACAAAUAAUGCAUUAGUUUCGGCUCCACAAGGUCAUCCUUCGGUCCGUGGAACAGCAUUUCAAUAUGCGGAAUAUAUUGUCUAUCGCUAUGGGCAAGCUUUACCAUAUUUAAAGAUUGUUUAUAAAGAUUGA